AUUGUGGGCAGAGGGGCGGGGGUUGGGAAGAUGGCGGCUCCCAGCCUCCUCAACUGGAAGCGGGUUUCCUCCUUCACGGGGCCGGUUCCCCGCGCCCGGCACGGACACCGGGCCGUGGCCAUCCGGGAGUUGAUGAUCAUCUUCGGAGGGGGCAACGAGGGCAUCGCGGACGAGCUGCACGUCUACAACACAGUUACAAAUCAGUGGUUCCUACCAGCUGUUAGAGGAGACAUCCCUCCAGGCUGUGCUGCCCAUGGAUUUGUCUGUGAUGGUACCAGAAUAUUAGUAUUUGGGGGAAUGGUUGAAUAUGGAAGAUACAGCAAUGAGUUAUAUGAAUUACAAGCAAGUCGUUGGUUAUGGAAAAAAGUAAAGCCCCAUCCUCCUUCUUCUGGUUUACCUCCUUGUCCUAGGCUUGGACAUAGUUUCUCAUUGUAUGGUAACAAAUGCUAUUUGUUUGGUGGCCUGGCAAAUGAAAGUGAAGAUUCAAACAAUAAUGUUCCCAGAUAUUUAAAUGAUUUCUAUGAGUUGGAGCUACAGCAUGGUUCUGGUGUUGUGGGUUGGCGCAUUCCAGUGACUAAAGGGAUUGUGCCUUCUCCAAGAGAAUCCCACACAGCUGUUAUAUAUUGCAAAAAAGACUCUGGAAGUCCUAAAAUGUAUGUUUUUGGUGGAAUGUGUGGUGCUCGCCUAGACGAUCUAUGGCAACUUGACUUAGAAACUAUGUCCUGGUCAAAACCAGAAACUAAAGGAACAGUACCACUUCCCCGAAGCCUUCACACAGCCAGUGUUAUAGGAAACAAGAUGUACAUUUUUGGUGGAUGGGUUCCACAUAAGGGGGAAAAUAUUGAGACUGCACCUCAUGAUUGUGAAUGGAGAUGUACCAGUUCCUUUUCUUAUCUGAAUUUGGAUACAGCAGAGUGGACCACCCUAGUAUCAGAUUCUCAGGAAGAUAAAAAAAAUUCAAGACCAAGACCAAGAGCUGGACAUUGUGCUGUUGCAAUUGGCACUCGAUUGUACUUUUGGAGUGGAAGAGAUGGCUACAAAAAAGCACUAAAUAGUCAAGUUUGCUGCAAGGAUCUUUGGUAUCUUGAUACUGAGAGACCACCGGCACCAUCACAAGUACAGCUGAUCAAAGCCACUACUAACUCUUUUCAUGUCAAGUGGGAUGAAGUACCUACAGUUGAGGGCUAUCUUUUGCAAUUGAAUACAGAUUUGCCAUACCAAGCUGCCUCAUCAGAGUCCUCAGCAGCACCACAUGUGCAAGGAGUCAGGAUGGACCCUCACAGACAAGGCAGUAAUAGCAUCAUUCCUAGCAGUAUCAGUGAUACAAUGAACAGCGCAAAAACUGAACAAUCAUCUGUGAAAGGAACUUCAACAAAAAAUAAACCGGAUCUGAAAAUAUCAACUGAUUCUAAUGCCAUUUUACAUUCUUCUUUGGCAACUAAUGCUUCUAAUCAUAAUAGUUGUGUGGCGGAUAUGCUAAGGAAAAAUGAAGGUCCUCACACUUCAGCAAAUAUAGGUGUUCUUAGUAGUUGCCUGGACUUAAGAACAGUAAUCCCUGAAACUUCUGUAUCCAGUACUGUUUCCAGUGCACAAACUAUGGUAACCCAGCAGACCAUUAAAACUGAGUCAUCCAGUACAAAUGGGGCAGUUGUUAAAGAUGAAACUUCACUAACAACAUUCAGUACCAAAUCUGAAGUUGAUGAAACAUGUGCACUGCCUGCAACUAAGAUCAGCCGUGUAGAAGCACACACUACUGCAAUGCCUUUUUCUAAAGAGACUCCUUCAAAUCCAGCGGCCGCAGUGAAAGCAGGAGAGCGACAGUGGUGUGAUGUAGGAAUUUUUAAAAACAAUACAGCUUUGGUGAGCCAGUUUUAUUUGCUGCCAAAAGGGAAGCAAAGCAUCUCAAAGAUAGGAAAUGCAGACGUACCUGACGACAGUUUACUCAAGAAACAAGAUCUUGUUCCAGGCACGGGCUAUCGAUUCAGGGUUGCUGCCAUCAAUGGUUGUGGAAUAGGCCCUUUCAGCAAAAUCAGUGAAUUUAAAACUUGCAUUCCUGGUUUUCCUGGAGCUCCUUCUGCAGUCAGAAUUUCAAAGAAUGUUGAGGGUAUCCAUCUUUCCUGGGAACCUCCAACUUCACCUUCUGGAAAUAUUUUGGAAUAUUCAGCUUACUUGGCUAUUCGCACAGCACAAAUACAGGAUAAUCCAAGUCAGCUUGUGUUUAUGAGGAUUUAUUGUGGUCUUAAGACAUCGUGUAUAGUAACUGCGGGGCAACUUGCAAAUGCACAUAUUGAUUAUACAUCCAGACCUGCCAUUGUAUUCAGGAUAUCAGCAAAGAACGAAAAGGGAUAUGGACCAGCUACACAAGUUCGAUGGCUUCAAGGUAACAAUAAGAAAGCACCUUUAAAUUGAAAAUUUUUUACUGAAGCAUAAAUAAUGAUGAUUAUUUAUUAGUAACUCGUUAUAAAGUUUGUCAUUUGAAAGAGUAUUCUCUGUAUUUCUAGCACUUAUGAAUUUGAGUUUGUAAGUUGUUCUUAAAAUGUAUUUGCUCAAUUUUAGAUCCAAAUAAAAAUAGAAAAGAAGCAAAGACUCUCUGAAAA